GAGAGAGAGAGAGAGAGAUAAAAAGAAUGAGAAGCCAAGAACUGCAGCAAGUAAGUGAUGUUGUACCAUCAUCAUCAUCGUCAUGGGGUGAAGGGAGCAAUCGUAUAGCUGCCCUUAAUCUAGAGGGAACCCCACCCCCCAAUAUCACUGAUAGUCCUGAUCAUAAACAGUUUGAUCAUCAUGACGAGGACUCUAAGAAACCUGGGUGGAGAAAGUUCUUAUCAUUUGUUGGCCCUGGAUUCCUUGUCUCCUUAGCUUAUCUUGACCCAGGCAAUUUGGAAACUGAUCUGCAGGCUGGAGCAAAUCACAGAUUUGAGCUACUGUGGGUGAUACUUAUUGGGUUGAUCUUUGCGCUCAUAAUUCAAUCGCUAGCUGCAAAUCUUGGUGUAAGCACCGGCAAACACCUUUCAGAAUUAUGUAAGGCUGAGUACCCAAAAUUUGUGAAGUAUUGCCUAUGGUUGCUAGCAGAGGCUGCAGUCAUAGCUGCUGACAUACCCGAAGUGAUUGGAACAGCUUUUGCACUAAAUAUACUGUUCCACAUCCCAAUCUGGACUGGAGUUCUCAUCACUGGUUUAAGUACUCUCUUACUUCUUGGCCUACAGAGAUACGGGGUUAGGAAGCUGGAAUUGCUGAUAACAAUACUGGUCUUCGUAAUGGCCGCAUGUUUCUUUGCAGAAAUGGGUUAUGUAAAGCCUCCAGCGGGUGCUGUGCUAAAGGGAAUGUUUAUACCCAAGCUCAGUGGCCAAGGAGCCACCGGGGAUGCCAUAGCACUUUUGGGUGCCCUUGUCAUGCCGCACAAUCUUUUUCUCCACUCGGCUCUUGUGCUAUCCAGAAAAAUACCAAAUUCUGUCCAUGGCAUUAAUGAUGCAUGUCGAUAUUUCCUAAUAGAGAGCGGAUUUGCAUUGUUUGUUGCAUUUCUAAUCAAUGUUGCAAUUAUCUCUGUAUCGGGCACCGUUUGCUCAGCCAAUAAUAUCUCAAAUGAGAUUGCAAAUCAAUGCAGUGAUCUUAACCUCCACUCAGCCUCUUUCCUUCUCAAGAGUGUAUUGGGUCGGUCAAGCUCAACCAUUUAUGCCAUUGCAUUACUAGCCUCAGGGCAAAGCUCCACCAUCACAGGCACUUAUGCAGGGCAAUUCAUCAUGCAGGGUUUCUUGGAUCUAAAGAUGAAAAAAUGGGCUAGAAACCUGAUGACAAGGUGCAUUGCCAUUGCACCUAGUCUUAUUGUUGCCAUUAUUGGAGGAUCUAAUGGUUCAGCCCGACUUAUCAUCAUCGCAUCGAUGAUACUUUCAUUUGAGCUUCCAUUUGCUCUAAUCCCCCUCCUUAAAUUCAGUAGCAGUGCCACAAAGAUGGGACCACACAAGAAUUCAAUAUAUGUUAUUGUGAUCUCGUGGAUCCUAGGCAUCGGAAUCAUUGGCAUCAACAUCUACUACCUGAGCACCGGCUUUGUGGAUUGGCUAAUUCACAACAAUUUACCAAAGGUUGCAAAUGUGUUUGUUGGGCUCCUAGUGUUUCCCUUAAUGCUUGUCUACAUCUUAGCAAUCAUCUAUCUUACCUUCCGAAAAGACACUAUUGUAACAUUUGUUGAGCCUGUAAGGCAUGACCACCUAGUAGCCCAAAACAGCAUGGAACACGGGCAUUCUUGUGAGGUGGGCGAGUUGGAUCACAUUCCUUACAAAGAGGAUUUAGUCGAUAUCCCACUACCAGAGUGAAGGGUUUUUUUUUAGAUCAAAUGCAACAACAGCCAAGCCAAGGUAUAUCGUUAAUGGUAGGGAGCUCCAAGUUAAAUGUGACUUCAACUUUCUUCGAGUUCAUCUAAGGCUUUCCUCCUACGGAAAUUGUAUGUAAUUUCGAACCAUCUAUUGUAGUUUCCACUGUUCUAUUGUAAGUUUAUGUUGAACCUUUUGUUGGAACAAUAGUAUUGA